AUGGCGCUUACGAAGAAGCCUUAUCUCGGGUUGACUGGAGGAUGGCUUACCUUUUGGCUCACGGUAGCAUGUGCUACCGAUAUGAUGCUCUUUGGCUACGACCAAGGUGUCUUUAGUGGUGUGGUGGUAACUCCUGACUUCCUAGAACUCCACGAUCUAGUUGGCCCCUCCAAGACCAAAGUUCUCUCAACAGUCGCUGCAAUCUACGAUAUCGGUUGUUUCUUCGGUGCGAUACUUGCCUUUACUGUCGGUGAGCGACUCGGCCGCAAGAAGUCUAUUAUUUUGGGCACUGUCAUUAUGGCCAUCGGUACCAUUCUCCAGGCGUCAUCUUAUAGUCUGCCACAGAUGUUCAUCGGUCGAAUUGUGUUAGGCCUCGGAAAUGGAAUCAAUACAGCAACAGCGCCCAUCUGGCAAACGGAAACUGCGCAAGCUAAAUGGAGAGGAAAGUUGGUUAUCCUUGAUCUAGGACUUAAUGUUGGUGGAUACUGUAUUGUCAACUGGAUCAACUAUGGGCUUUCAUUCCAUGAGGGUCCCAUUGCAUGGAGGUUGCCGAUCUCUCUACAGCUAAUCUUCGUCAUUGUCUUGCUUAUUACCGUUCCAUGGCUUCCUGAAUCCCCAAGAUGGCUUAUGAUCCAAGGCCGGGAAGAGGAAGCAAUGGAGGUACUUGCUUGUGUCGAGGCAUUACCCAGAGACGAUCCUGUUGUUAUUACACAACUCGAUGAGAUCAAAUUUAGUAUUACCUAUGAAUUUGACAAUACUGUCCGGUGGCGAGAUCUUUUGCGCCAAAGCAAAAGCAAUGAUACCAAAACUCUUCGUCGAUUGCUUCUUGGUGCCGGAACGCAGGCUAUGCAGCAGUUCCAGGGCAUCAAUAUUAUGAGUUACUACCUCCCGAUGGUUCUCAUAAACUCGGUCGGACUCUCAGACAAGAUGGCCCGUUUGCUGACGGCGUGCAAUGCAACUUCUUAUUUUGUUUUCUCGUGUCUCGCAGCCACGGUGGUUGAGCGAGUCGGCCGUCGAGGUUUGAUGAUGAUGUCUGGGUUUGGUCAAUUCGUAUCCUUUCUGGUUAUCACUGUUUUACUCUACAUGGCCAAAAAGAACACAGUCUACGCUACUGCUUCCGUUGCCUUUUUCUUCUUCUUUCAUAUCGCUUUUGGAAUGGGCAUGCUGGGGGUUCCAUGGCUGUAUCCCACUGAGAUCAAUUCACUUCCCAUGAGGACGAAGGGGGCAGCUAUCUCGACUGCGACGAAUUGGAUCACCAAUUUUGCCAUCGUUGAGAUUACCCCCAUCGGAAUCCAAAGCCUUGGCUGGAAAUUUUGGAUUGUUUGGACGGUUCUAAAUGCAGUCUUUCUGCCAAUCAUUUAUUUCUUUUAUCCAGAGACAGCAAACCGCACAUUGGAAGAUAUGGAUGCGUACUAUCGUUCCAAUCCACCCCUCAUCGUUGCUGGAGACGCAGAUGCCAUUUCGACUAAGAGACCACUUCAGUUUGUCUGUCAUGAGGACGAAGAGGUUCAGAAGAACGCAAAGGAGGCUGUCGUUGGUGCUGGAUAUGCGGAGCAUGUAAAUUAG